AUGCAGCCAGUCAAGAGCGUGGCUGUCAUCGGAGCUGGCCCUUCUGGUGCCAUUACGGUUGAUGCGUUGAUGCAAGAAAAGACAUUCGACGUGAUUCGUGUUUUUGAGCGCCAGGAAAAGGCUGGAGGGUGCUGGGUUUCAAGGGACGAUGAGCCACCACAAAGGUUCGACCUUGACGGACUGGCUACGCGCACAGCAGAUGCGCCUUUGAAAAUUCCGGAUCGGCUUCCGUGCCGGACACCGGUAAAUACCCAGGAUCGCUUCAUAGACUCGCCCGUUUACCCCGGGCUAGAGACCAAUGUGGAUGCGGGUGCGAUGUGCUUUUCUCAGGAGCCAAUUCCCGAAAUUCGAUCUGAAUGGUCGAUUGAACGUCAUGGGCAAGAUACCCCUUUCCGGCAUCACUCAGUCAUCAGACAGUAUAUUGAGGAUCUGUUCACUCGAAAGGGGCAUGAUAGCCUUGUUCAGUACAAUACGACUGUUGAACGUGCUGCUAAGGAUUCUAUCAGCCAAAAGUGGAUCCUCACUCUCCGCCGCACAGAAACCCACAACGGCGACUUAUCGGACUAUUGGUGGUCUGAAAUGUUCGAUGCAGUGGUGGUAGCAUCCGGUCACUAUGCAGUGCCUUAUAUCCCAGCCAUUCCUGGCCUGAAAGAGUUUGCCGCACGCUACCCCGGCAGUGUUGAGCACACAAAGCAUUACCGAGGAGCGAAAAAGUAUCAAGGCAAGAAAGUCGUCACCGUCGGAGCCUCUGUCUCGGCAGCAGACACGGCAGUCAGCCUGGUUGAUAGCGCUCAAUAUCCCAUCCAUGCCGUCGUACGCGGUCGCUACAAUGUAUAUUUUGGCGACGACGCAUUCAAGCACCCCAAGAUUCUGCGGCGUGCACCAAUCUCUCAUAUUACAAAUGACGGCCGAUCUGUUCAUUUCGAAGAUGGCACUUCCGAGACUGAGGUGGAUCACAUUAUUUUUGGAACUGGUUUCACUUGGACGCUCCCCUUUCUGCCUCAAGUCGAGACGCGAAACAACCGCGUCCCCGAUCUGUACCAGCAUAUCUUCUAUCGGCAUGACCCGACGCUAGCAUUCGUAGGGGCUGUCGGUGCCGGACUCACCUUCAAGGUGUUCGAGUGGCAGGCCGUUGCGGCUGCACGCGUUUUCGCUGGCCGGGCCACUCUGCCCCCUACCAGUGAACAGGAGACGUGGGAGGCUGAUCGCAUUGCGCUCAAGGGUGACGGAGCGGCGUUCACUGUCAUCAACCCCGAAUUCAAAGCAUAUUUUGAAAAACUCCGACAGCUUGCAGGAGAACCGAGCGACGGCACGCCCGGGCGCCGAUUGCCACCGUUCGAUCAAAAGUGGGUGGAUGAUUUCGAUGCUGGACACGAAAGGCGGAAGAAGAUGUGGAAGCGCGCAAACGGCGCCGCUGCCGCGAAGUUAUAG